GAUCGUGUCUCGCAUGCAGCUGCCACAGCACAGGCACUUCACCAGGCAGUUGGUGAAAUAUGUUUUAUUGCUCAAUUCUUGCAGCUGUUUGCCGAUCCGCGGUACAAUUAGGUAAAUCUACGCGACAAUUAGGUAAAUGCGUAAAGCCCGAAGAUUGCCGAUCGUUUUACUACCUGUUAGGGACCCGAGGAAGGAAAAGGGAUCGUUUUGUGGUCCUUAAAAGCGACUGUCAGCGAGCAAGGAGUAUCAGUGUGCCAAGAGCAGAGCAAGAGUGCAAAUCAAAUUCAAUAUCAAAAUAAUUUACUUCUUUUCUGGCAAAGUGCAAUCAUGAAUAAUAUUAGCAACGACAGCGGCUUGGACGAUUCGGCAGUUGGAGGCGCGGCACAACAUGGCGGAGCUGUUGUGCCAGCGGGAGCAGCCACUCGUCUCUCCUGGUUCCUCGCCGAGGUGGACGAGGGAUCGAUGAAGAACGGCAAGCCAAAUGGCAGGAAGCGAUUGUGUGUGCUGCACAGCAUGGAGCUGCUGGAAACCGAUGUGUCCGACAAGUACAUGACUCGCUUUGUGGAGUUCCGCAUCAAUGGCAUGAAGCUGGAGGCGAAACUCAUCCUGGCAGCCGAUGAGCGGAAGCUGGUGGAUGCGGCGCUGCUGUCGCUGAGCAAGGAGCAGCGGGACGAGGAUCAUGAUGCCCGGCAAAUGCUGGUGCAGUACACCGAGGAGGAUGCAGCCGGAAAGCGACUGGUGCAGAAGAUGAUCUCACCCCAUCGCGUUGUCUGGCUGAGCACAAAUCCCGGACUGGGCGGCACUCCGCUGGUCAAGCUGGGACCGGGACUCAUUGGACAUGUGCUGUACGCCUACGAGCAGCGAGAUUACAUGGAGAAGGUGCUGCUGAAUCUCAAGGCACGCUGCUUUGAUCACGCCUUCGACGAGCAACUGGAUGCAAAUCAGCUGCCCAUGGAUGAGAAGACCUGGCUCUUGGUCCAGUAUAGUCCUGAGCCCGAAAUGGUCGUCUAUCAGGUCAUCUCGUAUACGCAGACCGUGUGGCGUCAGGAGAAUCUCUUCAAGGAUGUCAUCGCCUACGUGCAACUGCCGGACAAUGAGGUCGUCCUGCAGGCCGUGGUCAUUUGCUAUGGCCAGGAUCAGCAGCAGUUGCAGGACAAGUGCGAGCAACUGCGCAGCUUUGCCCUGGAACUGGACCUGCCGCUGCCCGAGGACCUCGACCAGCAGCUGCAACAUGGCGGCGGCACCGCCUCCCUCUUUGCCCGCACCAGCACCACGCUCUUCCAGCGCUCCGAGCAACGCGACUCCAGCGGCGAACACAAACAACUCCGUCGCCGACUCGAAGAGAUGAGCUCGAAGGCACAGAACGAGGCCGCAAUGAUCAUCGAAGCCUUCGACAUGGUCGACAACAUCAACAGGAAUCUGCAGUGCCGUCAAGCGAAUUCCAAAGCACCUUCCACUUCCCGUGAUUAACUACACUAGUUUCAUAUUCCCAAUCAGUUUUAUGUACUCCUAAGCUAAAACCACUUUGAACCUAGUUCUAUAAAUUGCAUGCUAGUUUUAGUA